CUCAAACAUGGUUGGCAAACAUGGUUCCGCGAAUUUUACCUUCAUUGGAAUAAUUUUCACCUUGUGGGUCACCACUCUCGGGAAUGUUUCGGGACAAAUUGUUCCUGUUCGAGGUGGUACCCUCAACGAAACGAAACUCCGACAGUCCGCCUGUUUCUGUGGGGUCUCCAGGGUGCAAGGUAGCUCUCGAAUUAUUAACGGAUCACCCGCCGUCUUUCUCGAAAUUCCAUGGCGGUGCGCUAUCUACUCUCCAACAAACCACCGUUUUUGCAGCUGCACUAUAAUCAGCGAAAGCAUGGUAAUGAGUGCGGCUCACUGCUUUGACGGAUACACGGGUUCUGAUAAGAUUAGUGUUUUCGUCGGUUACAUUGACUAUUACUCCAUUUCUGGGCAAUGGAAUGCCGCCGACUCAUACGUCCAACAUCCAUCCUACAAUUCAGACACGCUCGUUAACGAUAUUGCAUUGGUCCAUUUGUUGUUUCCGCUCAAAUUUUCCCCUUCUAUGCAACCGGCAUGUCUCCCAUUUUCUUUGAAGGGCCAAACUUUGGAGUCUAAUAGAGUCACAGUUUCCGGUUGGGGUAGGAACAAUUAUUCGGGAUCGAUUUCUCGUUCAUUGAUGAAGGCAGUGAUGACCAUUGUGCCAUAUGCUGCCUGUCAAGAAGCAUUCACAAAUUACCCAAUGCUAGGUAACAAUAUUUGUGCAAGUGGGACGGGAACAACUUCAUGUUUUGGCGAUUCGGGGGGCAGUAUCGACUUGGUCGUGAAUGGGAGAUCGUACGCUGUCGGAAUAACGAGCAUAGUUCAUGCAACAUGCGACACUAACUAUCCGAAUAUCUUUACCAGAGUGUCAAAUCAUUUGGAUUGGAUUGUCGAUAUUACAGGAAAGUUCGGGGAGCAAUUGUGUCAAGCUUGAAAUAUGCCCAUUACAUAUUUAAUAUUCUAAUUUGACUUGUUGUUAUCAGGCCAUGCAUGUGGUAGAUUCACUUAGUUGCAUUAGUAAAAUUUAAAUUCGAAUUGAAUUUACAAGUAGGCAUAAAUUUUAUGAAGUUGGCAUUGCAGCACCUUCUUGUAGCAGUGUUUCGAAAUAUCACACUUUAUUUGAUAUUUCCCAUCGCAUCAAGGUCAUAGAAUAUACGUGCAUCCACGAAAAUGCAAAAAUGUACAUAUGUAUGUAGGUAUUUUUAUUUUUAUGCGUCACCAAUAUAAAAUUUGUGAGAUUAAAAUCGGAGAAAACCA